AUGCACUCGGACGUGUACUUCGACUUCUGUCACAUCAGUGCCCUAGAGACUUGCAACCGGGGGAGCAGCAGGCAGCGGCAGCACAUCCACUACUGUGAAACUUAUACCCAGCAAAGAGAUGGCUGCUUCAUCCUGUGCUGGAGCGCCGACAUCGGGCCCGAGUUCUUCUCACUUGGCAUCCACAGCAUUUUACAUCAGGGUGGCAUUUAUCCAUCUGAAACCUUUACUCGAGUGCAGAAAUGUGGACUCACCUUGCUUGUAACCAGUGAUCCUGAGCUCAUGAAAUACCUAAGCAAUGUGGUGGAACAACUAAGAGAUUGGUUAUACAAGUGUGUAGUGUGGAAACUGGUGGUAGUCAUCUCAAAUAUUGAAAGUGCUGAAGUCCUUGAAAGAUGGCAGUUUGAUGCUAAUUGUGACCAGACCGCCAAAGAUGAGAGCACACCUGGAGAACAGUCUCAGAAAGCUAUCCAGGAUGAAAUCCGCUGGGUGAUCAGACAGGUCACAGCUAUGGUGACAUUCCUGCCACUGUUGGAAGUUUCUCAUUCAUUUGAUCUAUUGCUCUAUUCAGACAAAGUUUUGGUUGUAUCUGAAAAGUAGGAAAUGGGACCACAGUUCAUUAUCAAUUCUGAGCAAGUCCAUCUGCGUUAUUUCACUGCUACCAUCCACAAGGUAAACAGCAUGGUGGCUGACAAAAUCCCUGUCUGUGGCUGA